CCCUGUAAAUAAAAACAUUUUUCUUCUGUAAACUCCCCUAAUCCCAAGAUAUUGACUUUUCUACCUGAUUUAAUUAUUACUGUCAAGGUUAAUUUUGAUUUCGUUUUGUAGAUUUAGAUCUGAGAAAAAGAGUUUCAAUCUCCCAUUAUAAUUGUGUGCUGAGGGUUUGGGAAACAAGAGAUCUAAGCAAUGGCAAGUAAUGGAGAGGCGAAGAAACCACCAACUCCAUCUCCUUUAAGAAACUCCAAAUUUUUUCAGUCAAAUAUGCGAAUCUUGGUUACCGGGGGAGCUGGAUUCAUUGGUUCUCACCUUGUUGAUCGAUUGAUGGAGAAUGAGAAAAAUGAGGUUAUCGUAGCUGAUAACUACUUCACUGGGUCAAAGGAUAACCUGAAAAAAUGGAUUGGUCAUGCAAGAUUCGAGCUUAUUCGUCAUGAUGUGACUGAGCCAUUGCUUGUUGAAGUUGAUCAGAUUUACCACCUUGCUUGCCCUGCUUCCCCAAUUUUCUAUAAAUACAAUGCUGUAAAGACAAUUAAGACAAAUGUCAUCGGCACAUUGAAUAUGCUGGGACUUGCCAAGCGAGUUGGAGCAAGGAUUUUGCUCACAUCAACUUCAGAGGUGUAUGGAGACCCACUUGUGCAUCCCCAAACUGAGGAUUACUGGGGUAACGUAAACCCUAUUGGUGUCAGGAGUUGCUACGAUGAGGGAAAGCGUGUAGCUGAAACUUUGAUGUUUGAUUAUCACAGGCAGCACGGCAUUGAAAUCCGCAUUGCUAGGAUAUUCAAUACAUAUGGACCUCGCAUGAAUAUUGAUGAUGGACGUGUUGUCAGCAAUUUCAUUGCUCAAGCACUAAGAGGUGAAGCCUUGACUGUUCAAGCUCCAGGAACACAAACCAGAAGUUUCUGUUAUGUUUCUGACAUGGUUGAUGGCCUUAUUCGUCUGAUGGAAGGAGAAAACACUGGACCAAUUAAUAUCGGGAACCCAGGUGAAUUCACAAUGAUGGAACUUGCCGAGACAGUGAAGGAGCUAAUUAAUCAAGACGUGCAGAUCAAGAACGUUGAAAACACGCCAGAUGAUCCACGCCAGAGGAAGCCAGACAUCACAAAAGCAAAGGAGUUGUUGGGAUGGGAGCCUAAGGUUAACUUGCGAGAAGGAUUACCCUUGAUGGAGCAAGAUUUCCGUCAGAGGCUUGGAGUUCCUAAAUAGAAACUGAUUAUAUCAUGAAUCUAAAGAGAACAAAAUUAAAAAAAUUCUUCGGCUUCGAGCCCUCCAUAUAGUAUGCACUUUCUUUUCUUUUCCAUAUAAUUAUCACAAAAAAAUAAGCUAGGCAGAUGAGUGGCGAGCGAGCAAGCGUUUCAUUUUUUCCCGCAGGGAUGUUGUUGAAUUCUGAUCGACAUUUUACUUCAUAGUUUAUAUACAUGUUUACACCAAGAAGUUUUAUCUAUUUUCUUUUUAUUCUGAAAAA